AUGUCGAGUAAAGGGCGAGUACAAGGCUUCCUAAAAAAUAUUUUCUCCUCACGCAAACAGAGACACAAAGUUUCCCGCGUUCCAAGGGUUAAAAACAGUCGCUCAUUACCCAACCUCCGUCAGAAUGCCCCUUCCACAGGUACAGAGCCGCCGCCAGAUCUCUGUCCUUUCUGUCAAAAACCACAAAAACGCCCAAAGUGGUGUGAGCAAUGUCAGGAAUUUCCUCCUCCCGUUAUUGAAAGUGACACUGAUUGUGAAUCCACCUCACACAGUCAACCAGCACAAGGUGACGCAUCUAACGAGAUACCAUAUGGCAUAUGUCGCAAGUGUUAUUAUCCCAAGACGUCACAGUGGUGGUGUAAUUAUUGUGAAUCAUUGGCUUUUCAGGCUGAAUUUGGUAAAUGGAGCAGUGGAAACGAAGUUAUUGAUGAAAUGAUUAGAAAGAGUCAAUUGAACGCUGCGGAUGAACUGAAUUAUCUAGAAUGGGUAAACUAUGACGAAUUUGAAGAUGUUCAGUUGGUCGUUGAAAGUGAGUUGGGAAAACUGUACACUGCGAUCUGGAAAACUGGACCCAGAAUAAAAUACAACCAGGAUCUCGGAGAGUGGAUGAGAGAUAACGAUAUAACGAUUGCGCUCAAAGAACUAAAUGAUUCUACCAACAUGACAGACGAUUAUAUUAGAAAAAUCGAACAAUACGCAAGUUGUAAUACCACUGGGUCAAACAUCCUUCAAUGCUUCGGAUUAACUUUUAAUCCAGUAACCAAAAAUUACUUGUUAAUAAUAGACUAUUGCGAGCAUGGCAAUUUAAAUCAGUAUCUCGACAAACACCACGCAGACAUCACUUGGGAACGUAGGCUUGCCAUUUUGCAUUCCUUGUCGGCAGCAGUAUUCAACCUCCACGAAAAGAAUAUUUUUCAUCAAAAUCUCCAUGGCGGUAAUAUACUAAUGGGACUAGGACCACCUAUGAUUGCUGAUGUAGGGCUAUGUAUUCCGGCAUACGAAUGUUCGGAUACAAAGAAUGUCUAUGGUGUAUUACCUUUUGUUGCACCUGAAGUAUUACGAGGAAGCACAUACACAGCUGCAGCGGACGUUUACAGUUUAGGAAUGCUAAUGUGGCAACUAGCAUCAGGCAGACCACCAUUUCACAACCGAGCACAUGAUAUGCAAUUAUCAAUAGACAUUCGCAACAGAAUAAAACCCAAAGUCAUAAACGGGAUACCCGAAUGUUAUCAAGAGUUUAUGGAAAGAUGCUGGAAUGAUGAUCCUGGGGAAAGACCAACUUCGUCCGAAGUAUAUUCUAUAGUGGGCAUUUGGUUUAACCAGAUGAUGUUUGUUCCGGGAAGCGAAAUUGGGAAACAGUUCUGGGAAGCGGAAGAUUUCAGGAAAUACCAUAAUGUGAGUGAAGACAUGAACGAUGAUAAACACCCAAAAGCAAGCUAUGGUAGCAGAUUGUUGAGCUUCCCCGAAAUAUUCUACGAUGACGUGGAAAUCAAUGGGACCAACAGCGAGCAAACAAGGAUCGAAGAGGACUCGAAGAGUUCAUCCGAUGAGCAUGACAAUGAAACAUUAUACACGGGAGUAGUUGCUGACGAAGUGAAUACCAACGAGAAAGAGGAAGACUUGCCCACAACGCCCAAGAAGCCUUUAUAUUUAGAGGGGUGA